AUGGAACAUCAACAACUACAAGAUAAAAAGGGCACAAUAAACCACGACGAUCCUAUGCUUUGCCCGCAAUGCUACGCAGUUGACACGACCUAUACAACAAACGGCUACCAAUGGUCAUUGCCGUUUGUCUACCCCAACAGCCUGCCGUCUCAGUACCAAAAUGACACCACCACAGACUGGAGUCAGCUCCUUUAUGCCGCCAAUUGGCUGUUCAUGCCUAGUAGUCAGCCGGGCAUUAAUCCAGUUCACCAUCUCGACAGUCUUUCCCGGACCUCAGCUGGUUAUGAUGACUUGUCUUGUACGCAAAGCAACACCUUUGAGGCUUUUUUAUACGCCAGCGCUCCCCCAGUGGAAGCAUGUGGCCCAAGCACAACAACCCCUCACAGAUCUCUCCCCAUAACCCCAUCUGACGAGGAUCAAUGGUCGUCGCAUGCAAUGUUCAUAACCACCAUGGCGGCAGGCCAGUUGACGAACUGUGAUGAAAUCAACAUAGGAUCCGAGCCGGUUGGCACCUGCUUUGAAACCCGCGCUGGUCUGCAAGAAUCAGAUAACCUAGGCAGAGUUCUGGGACCUCGAGCCCUCGCAGCGCCGGUCCUGGUGCAUACAGACCUAGCAGUGACGCAGCAACCGUGGCAGCCGGACGCGUCGAUGCCGCACCAAGAGCAAGGGCCCAACCACACCGCAGGGCCGCCGCGACUGCCCGUCUACGGGUGCGCCGAAUCACCAGCCAACACGGCAACCACGUUGCCGUCGUCUCUGGCCGGGAUCCAGGUCCAGUAUCUGUCCAAACCCGAGUUGAAGAAGAACGACCUGCGCCGGAGGAACAGGAUGGCCGCCUCCAAGGCCAGGGGGCUGAAGAAGGUGGUGGCCAAACAUGGGAGUUUUGGCGAUCCGCUCAUUUGCUGA